AUGAGGAAAUUAUUUCAUAAUAGGUGUAACAGAAAGAGUAAAGAAUUUUUUAAAGUCCUUAAUUUUUCUACAUUUGAGAAAAACGAAAACUUAGAUUUAGAAAAUUUUAUUAACGAUUUAAAAACAGAUGAAAGUAAAAGUUGGGAGUAUUACAUUAAAGGAAUAAAUCCAGAUUAUGAACCUAGGAGAGAAAUGUAUAACUUUUUAAAAAGCAAAAAUAUAAAUGUACAUAGAAUGACUGUUUAUGAAAUUGAAUGUUUUACAAAAUGGCUAUUAAUGAGGAAAAUAUAUGGUAAUAAAUUUCCAAGGUUUCCAUAUGAAAUAACAUUUGAAGAUAAAAUUGAAGAAUUAAAAGAAAAGUAUCCUUUAGAAUAA